AUGACCUCCUCCAGCAACAGUCCAGCCAUCCAGACUGACAUGACCUCCUCCAGCAACAGUCCAGCCAUCCAGACUGACAUGACCUCAUCCAGCAACAGUUCAGCCAUCCAGACUGACAUGACCUCAUCCAGCAACAGUCCAGCCAUCCAGACUGACAUGACCUCAUCCAGCAACAGUCCACCCCCUUUCCCUCUGGGCUGUAUCGACAAACCCCCUUCCCCUCUGCACUUCAUCGACAAGCCCCCCUUACCCUCUGGGCUGCAUCGACAACCCCCCUCUCCCUCUGGACUGCAUCAACAAACCCCCUUUCCCUCUGGGCUGUAUCGACAAACCCCUAUCCCUCUGGGCUGUAUCGACAAACCCCCUUUCCCUCUGGGCUGUAUCGACAAACCCCCUUUCCCUCUGGGCUGUAUCGACAAACCCCCUUUCCCUCUGGACUGCAUCGACAAACCCCCUUUCCCUCUGGGCUGUAUCGACAAACCCCCUUCCCCUCUGCACUUCAUCGACAAGCCCCCUUUCCCUCUGGGCUGUAUCGACAAACCCCCUUCCCCUCUGCACUUCAUCGACAAGCCCCCCUUACCCUCUGGGCUGCAUCGACAACCCCCUCUCCCUCUGGACUGCAUCAACAAACCCCCUUUCCCUCUGGGCUGUAUCGACAAACCCCCUAUCCCUCUGGGCUGUAUCGACAAACCCCCUUUCCCUCUGGGCUGUAUCGACAAACCCCCUUUCCCUCUGGGCUGUAUCGACAAACCCCCUUCCCCUCUGCACUUCAUCGACAAGCCCCCUUUCCCUCUGGGCUGUAUCGACAAACCCCCUUCCCCUCUGCACUUCAUCGACAAGCCCCCUUACCCUCUGGGCUGCAUCAACAACCCCCCUCUCCCUCUGGACUGCAUCAACAAACCCCCCUUUCCCUCUGGGCUCAUCUCCCGUACUGCAUCUCCCAUGGUCUUUCGGAAACAUCUAAAGAGGAGAUGCAAGAUCCAUUGA